AUGCUUGGAUGUAUCAAAAAUCGAGAAACUGAAGGAGAAGUGACCUUUGAGCUGUCGUUUUUGAAUGUCGACGAUGACGAUGCCAGAGUUUAUAUUUCAAACUAUACUGAGCAAACGAGGAACUUUACACUUCAAAGCAAACAUGUCUAUACUGAAAGGUUCGACACCGCUGUGGAAGUCAUUGGAUCUACUUUAAGUCGGAAAGGCAUCAAAGUAGAAUCUGAUCGACAUCUGUUGGUGUAUGGUUCAAGUCGCUACAAUCAGUAUGGUUUAGGAGGCUUCGUGUCCCUUCCCAUAUCACACCAUGGAUAUCUGUACUAUAUCGUGACAGGGGAUGUCCAUGGAGAGGUUCUGAUUGUUGGUGUGUGGCCAGAUACAAAGGUCGAGGUCAAAUUACAUUUGACCAGUGACGUCAUUACAUAUAACGACACAACGUACAUCAACGGAAGUGCAAUAACUGAAACCCUGGAUGAAUAUCACACAAUGCAAAUAUACUCGACUGGCGAUAUGACCGGAACCGAAAUAAGGUCAUCUGAACCUGUCAGUGUGUUUACCGGAAGUAAGCUCAUUGGUACAUAUCCCACUACAAACCAUAUGGUAGAUCAGUUACCGCCACUAAAUCUCUGGGGUAAAACCUAUGUAACCGUCCCUCCUCCUGGCUAUAUAUACACAUGUAAGCUGACUUCCGGUUCCCCUAAUACGAUCGUCACCUACAAGUGCGAUGAAAGUUGGGAAGAUUUCCUUGUCUUACCCGAGGCAGGAUCCUAUCAGACAAUAGAUUUUAACAAGGCGGCCUGUUUACUUAGCUCAAACGAACCAAUUCUAGUAACAAUGAUAAUAUCAAAGUAUACUGCCAAUCCUGCUAUGGUCAUCAUGUCACCGUUGGAUGACGUCACUGGGGAAUUUAUGACUUAUGUGCCAGGGAUGCUGGUAUCUGCACAGUUAGUAAUAAUUUCUAACUCCAGUAUUACAAUAGAUCCUAACAGACCGUUACUGUCCACGGUGUGCCCUGGUCAUCUCGAUUACUGCAUUACAUAUCUGGAUAACUUGAUCGGAAAUCAGACGUAUACAGUUUCAUCCCAAAGCGAAUCGUUCGUAGCUGCAGGUUUUGUCUACGGAAGAAUAAGUACGUGGAAAGCCGCGUGCUAUUCUCUGUUUUAUCGCACUUCCGGGAAAGCACCCCUACCUAGACAACAGGAAGAUCCAAGAGUUUUUGAUAACAUGACAACCACAGUUCUACCAGACACCAUUGAAGGUUCCGCUUCCAAUAUUGUCACCACCAAAACCAUGAAUCUUAACAAGACCUGUCUGUGCUACAAUUACAAGAAGAACAACUCAAAAGAGAUUGCAAAUUUAACGCAAAUGCUCAAAGAGACACUGUUUGUUAAUCCCAUCACGACUAACAAGUAUAUCCGCUCUCUCACGUCCGCUGAAGAUCCCAGGACUUCGUCAAAGCUUCCUAUGAGGGAUACCCACCUUGAAUAUCUGUUCAUGCACUGA